AGAAGACCUUCCCAUUCUUGAAGGCCAUGUGGCUAUCGUUGGUAAAUAAAUGCUAAAUGUCCACUUCCGCCUCGUUUAGGCUACGUUUCAGCUAGAUUCUGACUUCUUUCGAGCCGGACCAGCAGCCAUGUCGGCGGGCGUCAUGAACCUGCAGGCGCAGGUGGAGUCGGUGCUGGGCUCGCUGGUUAAAGCGGCUUCGGUGGAGUUGAUAAAACUGUUCGAGAGUAGAUACCGAGCGUCGGUGGUGGAGGUGGGCCUCACUGGGGGAGAGGAGGACAACAAAUCCUGGGAGAGUCUGGACGACGUGUCCUGUGGGGACGGCAAACGCAGCAUCGGGGUCCAAGUGGAAACGGACAUCGGUCUACCGCUGGAUUAUGACCCCCCUUUUCUCCAGGAUGUUGGAUAUCGGAGGGAGCAGAAUGAGGAGGUUGUGGAGGCCUGUCUCCUCUCCUCAGAAAUCCCCCUGGCCGUGGAAACUGGCUGUAACGGUGCCCCUCUAAAGAUUAUCGCAGCAGACAAUCUGGCGGAGCUGAGCGUCCUUCAGGCAGAGGCUGAUAACGCUGCUCAGACAGAAGACGUGUUGGAGGGGACAGAUCCUGAGACAUCAACCCAAAGGUCACCCGUAAAACCAAAACUUAUUGUGAUUCAGCCGGUUACAAGCAGUUCCUCUUCUGAGGAGAACAUGAAGUUUGUUUGUCCGUUAAUCCUGAAAUCCGAGUCUCCGGUUCCCAAACUGGAUCAUUCUGAACCCCAGCAGUCCGUUGUCAGCACCGCCAAGGGCACCGCCUACAGUCCGUCUCCAUCUGACGGAGCCGUGACUCCAGCUCAGGCCGGGGUAUGGGAGCGGAUCCACACACCCAAACAGACGGAGAACCACCUCCAGCUGAAACUGAAGUUCACCUGUGUGGAUAAGAAGUUGCUGCAGCCAUGUGGCGUGCAGCUGGUAGACGUGCUCAGGAUUCCCAGGUCCGAGGUGAAGUCUGAGGCAGCCACAGCCAAGCCUCCCAGGUCAUUCAAGCCUCUAACCAAGGAUGUCCGUCGCCACCAAGGUCCCCACACGGGCCAUCGGCUCUGCUGCUUCACCCGCUGUGGAGGAGGAAUCUGGCGUCUCCGGAAGAUCGUCACCCACUCCCGCGAAGGAUACGUUUGCAGCAUUUGUGCAAAAGCAUUCAAGCGUAGGAAAAUUCUGCGUCGACAUGAGCGCUUCCACACCGGAGAAAAGCCGUACUCGUGUUCGGUGUGCGCCAAGACGUUCGCCUUGAGGAAGAGCCUCCGGCGCCACGUCAGGUUCCACACGGAUGAGAGGCCGUACUGCUGCUCCCAGUGUGGAAAACCCUUCCGUCUGAGAGACAACCUGAAAGCACACCUGAGGUUUCACUCUGGAGAGAAACCUUUCAGCUGCGCCGAGUGUGGAAAAAUGUUCCGAAUUAUGAGGAAUUUAGAGAAACACAGACUCAGCCGGUGUGAAACGUUGGCUCCUUUGUUCCGGAAGAUUGCUGGAUUAUAGCUGUGAUGGAUAACAGAUCCAGCGUUGUCUACCUCAAACUGGAACGCUGCAGACAGCUGUCCUGUAAGGUUACCACCAGAACUCCUCAAACUCUCCAUUCCAGGGAAAGCUGAAAUGUUUUCCAAAGACAAUAACUGGGACUGAAUUUUCCUUUUCGGACCUUUUGUUAAAUUCUUGUUAUAAAUUCCCUUGUUCUGUUGUAGUCCACAUUUGGACAGAGACCCUUUACAAAUCCAGGCUAAUCUUAGCUCCUGUGGAAUAUUUGUGUUUUUUAGUAGAAAAGGAAAUCCGACUAAACCCUCGUUGCUACUGCAGAAACUGGUCCUGGAUGUUAGGAAGCAGAUUUCCUGACAUUUGAUCAGAGCUGGAGGCAGCUGUGUGGAUCAGAGAGUAAGCAGCGUCUGCCUCGACCCACUAAAGAUGUCAAAAUGAUCGCUAAGACGAGCGAAAACAAAAAUUUCACGAGUCUCUGGGAGUUACCUGCUCAUUCUGACUCUGAGCCGCUUUUGUACAAAACUUUUUGUUUUCUUACAAAAAAAUAUCUGCGUCACUUCUGCAUUUUUCAUUAAGUUGACAGUAUGUUCUUCUAUACUUAUGUUUCCACUACUGAAUGAAUGUAACAGUUUUGCUUUAGGUUAGCAAAACAGAUGGUGUAAAGCCAUACAAGACAUGAGUGAAAUGCUUGAUGCUCUCUAUCACACAGGCCUGUGCUGUACGAGAGCUUCAGCGUGUAACCUGAGCAGGACUGCGUCUUUUAUGUUUUAAAAUGUGCAGAAGCUGAAAAUGCUACUAAAUGAGCCGUUACUGUUAUGAAUAUUCAUUACCAUUACUGUUACCAGUUUUAGCUUUAUAAAAACUUAUUUUAUCAAUGUUUCUUUUGAAUGUAAUGGUUUAUAUCGGACUUGUUUUUUUGUUUGUUGUUGUUGUUGUUUUUUAUAAAACUAACAGAUGAUUUUGUACUGAAUCUUCAAUGUUAUUUGUUCUAGAUGCGUUUUAGCCGGUUAUAUCUCUGUCUUCUGAAGCGGCUUAUUUAGUGAUCUGGCUGCUAUAGAGAUGUGUUUUAUUCUGCAGCUGAAAAGCUUUUCAUAUGUUUGUAUUAAAAUCAAAUCUUAAGCUAAAACUAGAGAAGGAAACUUACUUUAUAUUUGUUCAGUCCAAUCUUGUUUUGCUGGUUUUGAGUUAAUUAAAGGUGUGGAACUGUUGUUUAAUAA